AUGCUGAAGGUUGUGGUGGCGGCGGCAGCGGUCAGCUGCUACCCGGUGGACGACAUCGAGGUGGUGCGGCCGGGUCUCUCGGUCUUCAGGGCGUACGGCAGCAGAGCCAUUGACCCGCAGAGCCAAGAGGUCGCGGGUGCCGGUGCGCUGGAGCAGGAGGCAGAACAUGUGCUCUCUUCUGAUGCACACCAACAACCGCUUGACAACGCCGAAGAGCAGGAUGUGGAAGCGAGCGGUGAGGCACCGCUCGUUGACACCGUGCCAGGCUCUGUCGAGGAUGAGGUUCUGCCUAAGGAGGAGCCAGCUCUAGCGCCAGAGCCGAGUGCCGCCGAGGGGGCCAGCGCCGAAGAGGAGACGCCUGCAGCGGAGGCGGACAAGGCGGUAUCUGCCUAUGAGGAGGCCUUGCCCGCCGAGGAGGAAGCGAAGGCUUCACCAGAGGAGGUGACCACUGAGACCGCGGAGAUCACCACGGUGUCGGCUGCUGAGGACGCCACCGCGGCGGCUGCAGUGGAGGUCACCACGGCAGCUGAGGCUGAGGUCACCACGGCAGCUGAGGCUGAGGUCACCACGGCAACUGAGGCUGAGGUCACCACGGCAGCUCAGACUGAGGUCACCACGGCAGCUGAGACUGAGGUCACUACGGCGGCUGUGGCUGAAGAAGUCACCACAGCGGCUGCCGCUAGGGAGUCACUACGACGGCGGCGGCAGAAGUCACUACUGCGGCUGAGGCCGAGGUCACUACGCUGCUGA